AUGGAAGAUUUCAAUCCCACAACCCUCAACUCACCAAAACUGUCUCGAUUUAUUAAUUAUUCAUUUAUAUCAAAUAAUAAUAAUGAUAAAAUUAUUUUUUACAAAUAUGCUAUUUCUGAACCAUCAUAUUUUAGAAGAAUUACAUUUAGAGAAACACCAAUCGAUAUCGAUUUGAAAUUCCCACUAAACCCGUUUCAAGGCAUAUUUUUUAAAAAUCCUUCAAUUCAUCAUUAA